AUGGAGACUGCGAAGAAUACCUCUGAUCAUAUCGAGGACGCCGGCCACGAGGCCGCGCUGACUGGCGUCGUCGCGCUUGCCAGCUUGUUCAGCUUGUGUGUGGAGACUUUCGGACUGAUUCAUCCUUCCCACAAAUGGGACAAAGAGGAACAACGACAAAUCGCGAGACUCGGUCUGCAGCAGACUCGCCUCUUGGUAUGGGGAUAUGUACUUGGAAUCGCCUCCCCUCCUACCACUGUGACGGAUCGUGCGGUACCUCGAAAUCCAAGUCUCGUAUACCCAGAACCGAGCGAACCGACAUUCUUUGGUGCGCGCGAUCCCCGUCUCGACGAGCCUGGCAACCGCACCGUCAUUGAAGAUGCUCUCAGCGCAAUUGUUGAUCGCACGAGCGGUACUACGCGGGAAGAGAUGAUGGCCAAGUAUGGACUGAAACCUCCAAGGAAAAUCUCCAUACACCUCGAGCGUCCGCUCGACCCUGCUCGACUGGAGGCCUUUCGCGAGCGGCAUGAACUCUUGCAUGAGGUUGCACAGAAAUACGCACACUUGGACACGACGCGCCGCGCUGGCAGUCUGAUCCGCUCUUCCUGGCAGAUUGCCGACUGCACCAAAUUCGCGGCCUUCAUCUCAGCGACGCAAGAGCGUAUCGACAUGCUCAUUGACCUGCUGCAAGUCAAGACCGCGGUGGACCGAGCAGUCAGCAUGGAUAUCCGUUCUUUCGGCUGGCACGUCAUUCCCGAUCGUGAGCGCGUGGGAAUGGACCUGGCGAAACUGCGCCUCUUGCACGACAUAUGCCUCGCGGACUACCCACAGUACGUACCUGCGGUACAGCAGGCAUUGGACCACAUUGGACGGGAAGAUCGAGAGUUCAGU